UGCAAUACUUGCGUCGCACCCGGUCCUCCUCGAUCGCUUACUCCAUAGAUCAGUAGAGAUGGCACCAUCAGCGAAGGUCCUCGAUCACGUCGUAACCCUCCAAAUCCCCUUCCCAACUCCCCAACUCGCCGCCCACGCAAAACGCAUCCUCGACGUCGACGAAGAAAUCAAACCCGAUCAAGUACGACGAUCGACAAGAGUACAGGAGGGGCAGAGUGUGUUGGAGGCUACGUUCGAGUGUGAUUCGUCACGGAUGGCGAGGGUUAGUGUUAAUGCGUUUUUGGAGGCUGUGGGGGUUGUUGUUGAGGUUAUGGGGGAGUUUGUUGGGGAGGAGUAGGUGUGGAUG